ACAUUUCAGAAUCAGGAGAAAUUGCAGCAGUGGCUAAAGGAUUUUUACCAAAUGAAGCGUUCGACCGAUUCAAAAAUAGGAUCCGAUCAAGAUCGAUAAACCAAAAAAACUACGAUAACACAGAGAUUUGGUUGGAGAGUUGGCCGACGGAAGUUAUCUUCGUUUCUGGCGGCUCAUGAGUGUUUAGAUGUGCUUUGUUAAUUUUGUUCAUAAAAUAUACGUGUUUUUACUGGUAAACACCUCAAUUUUAUUUGUUUUUGUGGCUGUUAAUUACUAAUAAAUGAAAUUUAUUGCGUAGCGUAGUAGGUAGAAGAAGAGGCUGUAAGGACACCAGAAGCUCUCUUCAAAACUAACCAGUGAGGUUGAAGACGAUGAAUUUCAGACCCCCGUCGAGAUCUAAGUCUCACCGGAAAUGUCAGAUUCCGAUCAACUUUCCGGCCACCAAACCCACGUGGCCCUCUUCCCAAGCGCCGGCAUCGGCCAUCUAGUACCCUUCCUCAGACUCGCCCACAUUCUCAUCCGCCAUAACUGCAAACUCACCCUCAUCACUUCUCACCCCGCCGUCUCUUCUGCCGAGUCCCAUCUCAUCUCCCGCUUUCUCUCUGCUUUUCCCCAAAUCACUGAAUUGAAGUUCCAAAUCUUACCUCUCGACCCUUCUAUGGCAAAUUCCGACGACCCAUUUUUUCUUCAAUUUGAGGCAAUUCGCCGCUCCGUUCAUCUCCUCGCUCCUCAACUUGCCGCUCUCUCUCCACCUAUUUCCGUCCUCGUCUACGACGUGAGCUUGAUUUCCUCUGCUCUCACACUUACUGCGGCCCUUAAAUUACCCAAUUACGUGAUCUUCACUUCCUCCGCCAUAAUGUUGUCUCUCUUCGCCUAUUACCCGUUCGCUAAAAGGUCUGGUGAAUCUGGUGACUCGAUUCACAUUCCUGCCAUCGGUUCAAUCCCCAAAACUUCACUCCCUCCUCCCCUGCUCGUCAACAACAGCAUCUUCAGGAAAAUAUUUACCCAAGAUGGACAGAAGGUCAAAGAACUGAACGGGAUUUUGCUCAACGCCAUGGACGCAAUGGAAGGAGAUACUCUCGCAGCGCUCAACGAUGGAGAGGUAGUCCAUGGAUUACCCCCAGUGAUAGGCUUAGGCCCUUUAUUGCCAAGUGAAUUCGAGAACCCAGAAGCCAAAUCUCCAAUAAAAUGGCUGGACGAGCAACCUCCCAGAUCGGUUGUUUUCGCCAGUUUCGGCAGCCGAACCGCGGCGUCGAGGGAGCAAAUCAAGGAAAUCGGAAGUGGGUUGGUUAAUAGUGGGUACAGAUUCUUGUGGGUAGUGAAAGAUAAGGUAGUGGACAAGGAAGACAAAGAGGGGUUAGAGGAGGUAGUGGGGAAAGAGCUGAUGGAGAAGAUGAAGGAUAAGGGAAUGGUGGUUAAGGAAUAUGUGAAUCAACCGGAAAUUUUGGGGCACAGAGCGGUGGGCGGGUUUAUAAGCCACUGUGGGUGGAAUUCUGUGAUGGAAGCGGCGGCGAGUGGGGUGCCGGUGUUGGCUUGGCCCCAAAAUGGGGACCAGAUGAUCAAUGCGCAAUUGGUUGCGAAGACAGRGCUGGGAAUGUGGGUUGAGAAUUGGGGAUGGGGUCAGAAAUGUCUGGUGAAGGGUCUGGAACUUGGAGGGAGGAUUAGAGAGAUGAUGGAGAGUGAAGCUUUUAGGGCACAAGCUGCAAAGUUUAAAGAGGAGGCGAUGAAGGCGGCGGAAAUUGGAGGAAGCUGUGACAGAGCCAUUGAAGGGCUGAUUCAGAGGUGGAAGAAGGGAUGAUUCACUGUGGGUCAUUACAGGGCCCAUUUAUACAACACAGAGCUGGAUUUGACUUCGCUUAGUUAUUGUGGACCAAAGCCCAAAUCAAACAGGGCUUUUUUGACCCAUCAGGAAAUAGAAUUUUUAAAAUAAAACAUUUUCUAGUUCCAAAAAUUAAAUAUAAAAUCACCUUGUCUUUUUCUUUUUCUUUUUUUUUCCGCCUGAAAUAAUGUGAAAAUACGCUUUCGA